AUGGCUGUUGAUGGUGGGUGUGGGGACACUGGAGACUGGGAAGGUCGCUGGAACCAUGUAAGGAAGUUUCUCGAGCGAUCUGGACCAUUCACACAUCCUGAUUUCGAGCCAGGCACUCAAGCUCUGGAGUUUUUGUUGAACACAUGUAAAGUACUGGUUAUUGGAGCAGGAGGAUUAGGAUGUGAACUCCUGAAAAACCUGGCAUUGUCUGGCUUCAGACAGAUCCAUGUUAUUGACAUGGAUACUAUAGAUGUUUCUAAUCUGAACCGACAGUUUCUGUUUCGACCGAAGGAUGUUGGGCGACCAAAAGCAGAAGUUGCAGCAGAAUUCCUGAACAACCGCAUUCCCAACUGCGCUGUAGUACCAUAUUUUAAAAAGAUUCAAGACAUGGAUGAAAGCUUCUAUCGACAGUUUCAUAUUAUUGUUUGUGGGCUGGACUCUAUAAUUGCCAGAAGAUGGAUAAAUGGCAUGCUGAUGUCAUUUUUACACUAUGAAGAUGGUGUACUAGAUCCAAGUUCCAUCAUACCUUUAAUCGAUGGAGGGACAGAAGGUUUUAAAGGAAAUGUCCGUGUGAUUAUUCCUGGUAUGACAGCCUGUGUUGAAUGCACGCUUGAGCUUUACCCACCACAGGUCAAUUUUCCCAUGUGUACAAUUGCGUCUAUGCCCAGGCUACCAGAGCAUUGUAUUGAGUAUGUCAGGAUAUUGCAGUGGCCCAAGGAGCGACCUUUUGGAGAAGGUGUUGCGUUGGAUGGAGAUGACCCUGAACAUAUACAGUGGAUUUACCAGAAGUCUUUAGAAAGAGCAUCACAAUUUAACAUUAAAGGUGUUACAUACAGACUCACCCAAGGGGUGGUUAAACGAAUAAUUCCAGCAGUAGCUUCUACAAAUGCAGUAAUUGCAGCUGUUUGUGCCACUGAAGUUUUUAAAAUAGCCACAAGUGCAUACAUUCCUCUUAACAACUACUUGGUGUUUAAUGAUGUGGAUGGAUUAUACACACACACAUUUGAAGCUGAGAGGAAGGAGAACUGUCCCGCUUGCAGCCAGCUUCCCCAAAACAUAGAGAUUUCCCCAUCAGCUAAACUGCAGGAGAUCUUGGAUUACUUGACAAAUAAUGCUUCCUUGCAAAUGAAAUCUCCUGCAAUCACAGCAACUAUGUAUGGGGGAAAUAAAACACUUUACUUACAGACAGUGGCUUCAAUUGAAGAACGAACAAGGCCAAAUCUUUCCAAGACACUAAAAGAACUGGGGCUUGUGGAUGGCCAGGAACUUGCAGUUGCUGAUGUUACUACACCACAGACUAUGUUGUUCAAGCUUCACUUUACCACUUAAUUUAUUCAUAAGUAAACUGCAUAUAUAGUGAGAAAAGUCUGCACCCACCUUGUAAAAUAAACGUGCUCCGUGGGUGUUAAAGCAACCUGAAUUGUUCCUGUUAGUACUAGCAUUGUUGAAGGUUAGGUAAUACAAAUGAAUCACCGUGUUUCAGAAUUGUACUCAGAAGCCAAUAUUUGGUGGAUUAUAUUUGUAUAAAUGCUUAUUAAUGUACAGAACUCUGAUGUAUAGGAAUACACUUUUUUCCAGUUUUCGUUGUCAGAACGUUAGUGUUAGGAUACUUUCAGAUACAUGGAAACUUUAAGGUGGCCAAACCUCUUACUUUCAACGUGUGCAUAUGUAUAUGCAAAGAGACCUUUUAAAAGGAAGCACAGCAAUCUGGUUUUAAAUUGUAGCACUC